GAAGAAUAGCUCAAGGUAUUGAGUAUCCCAGUCCUGUCGCCUGGACGUUCACCAUCAUUCCCGAGCACGAUAUUCCCGUCAAUUAACGAUGGCUACCGCAGCAGUAAUUAACGGCGCAAUCAAUGGCUUCAACAACAGAGAGUCAAACUUGUCGAGCGUCGCUGUAGAGAGUGUACCGGCUGAGAAGUCAACCCCAAUUACCCAGACCAAGGACAGCACAUCAACAGCCGUACGAGAUGGGCCAGACGUAGACGAGACAUCGCCUUAUUACAACCCUCGCCUGAAAUUGGUCGACAGAUUCGUUGACGAGCCACGCCCGCUAAGAGUUGGUGUCAUUGGCGCUGGCCUGGCUGGAAUCACAGCAGGCAUUCUUCUACCAGCCAAAGUCCCUGGCAUCAAGCUUACCAUCUACGAAAAGAACGCCGAUUUGGCAGGAACAUGGUUUGAGAACGUUUACCCCGGCGUAAGAUGCGAUAUUGCAUCGCACGUCUACCAAAGCACGUUCGCGCCCAAGACAGACUGGUCGGACAAGUACGCACCCGGCCACGAGAUCCGAGAAUAUUGGCAAUCCGUCGCGCGAAAGUUUGACGUCUACAAAUAUGUCAAGCUCGAUACCAGAGUCGAGGGUACAACCUGGGACGAUGAAGAGGGUGUCUGGAUCACGAAGCUGCGGAACGUGAAGACGGGCGAAGAGACGGUCGAGAAGAACGAAUUCAUCUUGACCAGUAUCGGCCGGUUCAAUGACUGGAAAUUACCCAAUUAUCCUGGAAUAUCGGAAUACAAAGGACAUCUUCGCCAUGCCUCCAAUUGGAGCACGGAUUUUGACCCCAAGGACAAGACGGUCGCUGUUAUUGGCAAUGGAGCGAGCGGUAUCCAAGUCACAGCAAAUCUCCAACCCAUUGUCAAGCGACUUGAUCAUUAUGCUCGUAACAAGACAUGGAUUGCUGCAUCUUGGGCUGGCGAAGAGCGAAAGAUUGAGGCCCAGCCAUAUACUGAAGAGGAGAAGAAGAAAUGGGCAGAUGACCCUGACGCAUACUUGGCUUUCCGAAAGGACCUCGAGAGCUUAUACUGGACUCGAUUUGACUCGUUCUUUCGAAACAGCGAGUCUAACCAGAAGCUCCGCGAAGCGUUCAUUGACAUCAUGAAGAAGCGACUGGUGAAGAAGCCGGAACUUCUGGAGCACAUCGUACCAGACUUCUCGCCAAAUUGUCGACGUCUGACACCGGGGCCCGGUUAUCUUGAAGCUGUUACUGAAGAUAACGUGGAUUACAUCCGUACUCGAAUUAAGCGCUUUACGGAGACGGGUAUCGAGACUGAGGAUGGCAAGCAGAGAGAUGUCGAUGCUGUCAUUUGCGCGACCGGCGCAAACGUUGACAUGGUUCCAGCAUUCCCCAUUCGCGCUCAUGGACAGGAGCUCAGCAAUCUGUGGAAGGCUGAUGGAACAUAUGGAUAUCCUUACACAUACUUUGGACUUGGAACACCUGGUUUCCCUAACCUUCUCUUCGUCCAUGGACCGCAAGCAACAGGGCCAUCGGGAACAGUCCCUCACAGCGUCGAGACUCAAUUGACAUACUUCGCCAAGGUCCUGCGCAAAGUCUCGCACCAGGGCAUCAAGUCUCUGAGCCCGUCCAAACAAGCAGCGGACGACUUUGUGGAGUACUCGGAUGCCUUUUUCGCAAAGACAGUUCUCACGGAUAAAUGCAGCUCAUGGUACAAUGGUGGCAGACCUGGUGCUAGAAUUCACGGGCUCUGGCCAGGAAGCGCAGGACAUAUCACAUUUGUGCGACAGGAACCUAGAUGGGAAGAUUGGGAGUACAAGUAUAUCGGCGACUCUAAGAACCGCUUCGCGCACUACUUGGGCAACGGAUGGACCAAGAGAGAGACGGACAUAGAGGCUGACCAAACGCCAUAUCUUCAGAGGCCAGAUAAGAUCGAUUUGCGGGAUAUUCACGAGAAGUGGUGGAGCAUUCCAUAAACAGUUAGUCUAGUAGAUUUGACAAUACGUACAUAAAGUGAAGAUGAGCUUUUGGGCGAGAUCUCGUCAUGACAUGGUCCCACGCACGUAAUCGCGUGACUCGCCCGCACCUCCACGUGGAGAGCCCGUCUAAUCUAUCACGACUACACUGAAGCAUCGGAGCCGCUAAACAUCCUUGCAUUAGGUUCGUUGAUGGGGCCAUCUUUCACGGGGAGUUGAUCUCAGAUCCUGCCUCCACGUACGCAUAGUGAUACUUGAAGCGUAACCGAGGACAAGCCAAAGGACGAGACUAUGCUAGCGAAGAAAGCUUUUGAGUCUCGAACCGGAUACAUACCGAGAAUCUGGUAAACGCAAUGCCGCCACAGAUAUACGUUUUGCGCUAGAUGAGUUAAUGCCCAAAGGGCUGGGACUUCGGCAGUUGAGCUGUAGGUGCGGUCAAGGAUUGGAUUGCGUGCUGGUGCUAUCGUGUUGGGCGGUGGUUUCAUGAUGGGAAGGGAAAUAUAAAUGUUGAUCUCGUACCUACUUCUACAGAAAAUACCACAGCCGCGUCUCGCUAAAGAUUCUGGCAGCCAUCAAGCUUUCUCUUCUGUCUCAACUUUCCCCAGUUCAUACAGG